AUUCAAGAGAUAAUGUCUGUAAGGAAAAAUCGAUGCAAAGCAGUCUGCAAAAUACGUGUGGUUGGUAGUGUAGAUACCGAUCCUGAAAAGUCAUUGUGGAUUAGUGCAUAGCGGUGUUACAUUGUAUUACAACUGAUAAUAUCCAGAUAUAUUAUUUAUGUCAAGUGCCGGUAUUGACAAACUUACUGAAGUUUAUGCCUGACUGAAUUACUGAUAUAGUUAUGCAACAACAAAUAUGUAUAUUGAAAACAAGUCGAAAUUAUAGCACACUUAAGUAUAAUUUGACAAUAGAUGACUUUGAAUGCUAUAAGUAGUAAUACAAAAAUCAAGGAGUAAGUGAACUGUGAAGGGCAGGAAUCAACAUAAUGGUUAUAGAGAGUUUGAACAUUAUGGUUAGAUCUAUAGAAAUUGUGAACAGGUUCUUAAAAUCAACAGCAGCAGACAAAUGUUAGUGAAGAAUAAAAUACAACUCCAGCAGAAACUUAAACGUGUUUAAGCACACUUGUUGUGAUACAGUAAGAAAUGAUAUGUUAGUUGAUAAUAUAUAAAAAAAACUGUUUUCAAAUAUUGUGUGUCAAUUUAAAAAAAAUGUCAUCAACUAACUGAAGAAUAUACUGUAUAAAAGUGUUAAGAUUUUGUUAGAGUGAAGACAGUAUGUCAGCGACUGCUUUAAGCCUCUCUGGUAGGACGUUGGGUGCCGGAGAAUUGCAGAGAAUCAAAGAGAAGGGAAAGCAAUGGGCGGUGUUACAUGCUGUGGUUAUGCGACCCCAGAAUGAUCCAGGUUCAAAGUCACAUGUUGAAUAUGCCCCGAUGACAUUAUUCCCGAGCCCACUGCCACGAGGUGUCCUAGCAGAAGCAAAGGCGUUACAACCCUACUUCAACCGGCUCAUACACCAAGUGGCACAUGACCAUGAGUACCUUUGGCAUUGUCUACACAAUGUGGUAAAGGUGGAUGACUAUACUCGCAGACUCUGGGACAUCUAUACCACAGUCAGGAAGGAGGGCAGUGCCCAGCCGUUGAGUCUGGGAUUGAUUCGUAACGACUUUAUGUUGGACGUCAAAAGUAGCUGCUGUGAAAUUCAGGGCAUGCCACAAUGUCUUGAGCUUCGCCAGAUAGAAAUCAACACAAUCGCAUCAAGCUUUGCUGGCCUAGCUUCGGGAAUCUGGAAGGUACACAGGUUUACAAUGGCACAGGCUGGCAUAGAAUGUAAACCAGAACAGAUACCGGUAAAUGCACCUGCUGAAGGCAUUGCGAAGGGUCUGUUGUCAGCAUGGGAACACUAUGGCAAUCAGAGUGCAUCAGUUUUAUUUGUUACAAUGGAGGUUGAACGGAAUGCCGUGGACCAGUGGUGGCUGGAGUCCCAACUGUUCUCGCUAAGCCACAAUGUGUGUGUGCGAUACACAACACUACAGUAUGCAUACGAACAUGCCACGUUGACAGAUGAUAAAAGAUUAUUGCUUGAUGGAAAUGAAAUUGCUGUGAUAUACUAUCGGGAUGGCUAUGCACCCACACACUACCAUUCAGAAAAGGAAUGGGAUGUCAGAUUGAUAUUUGAGAGAUCAAAGGCAAUCAAGUGUCCAUCCGUCCACCUACAAUUGGCCGGAUGCAAGAAGGUGCAACAGGAGUUAGCCACCCCUGGUGCUGUCGAGAGGUUUAUUAAAGACAGGGAAGUGUGUAAUGGAAUCAGGAACACAUUUGCUGGGCAGUACACAUUGGAUCAGGGCCCAGAAGGUGACGCAAAUGCAAAGAUGGCCAUCAACGAUCCCAGUCAUUAUGUACUCAAGCCUCAGAGAGAGGGAGGAGGGAACAACAUCUAUGGAGAUGAAAUAGCAGAAAUGCUGCAAAAAAUGGGAAGUACAGAGGAAAGGAGCGCUUAUAUUCUGAUGGAGCGAAUAUUUCCAUGGCCUCAAAACAACCAUUUAUUGAAGGAGGGAAAACCAUGUGACCUUUUGGAGGUCAUUAGUGAGCUUGGAAUUUACGGAGUUUAUCUAGGAUCAGCUGAGGAAGAGUUGGUUAAUGAAGAAGUGGGUCAUCUCCUUAGAACUAAGGCUCAUACAGACAAUGAGGGUGGAAUAGUGGCGGGGUUCGCUACCAUAGACUCACCACUCAUUGUAGAGGCACCAUGUGUAAAAUAGACAAUGAAAGCUCAUACCUGAAAAACAAAGAUGGAAUAGCUGUGUGUGUGUCAAUUGCUGGGGUGGGAUGGGAGAGGGUUGGGUUGCUCUUAGUAUGAGUGGAUGAUUUGCAAUUACAGUUACAAACUGCUCAAUGUGGAGAUGCAAUGUGUAUAGAAAAUUGAGGGCUCAGGUGUAAAAUAAUUAUAUAAUCACACAUAUCUCUUUUUUUGCUUAUUUAUUUAUUUUGCUUUGUAAGUUUCUCUUUUUCUGGAGACGAAACAGGGUAAUGUAUAGGUGAUUUUAUUCAGCAUAUAUUUUAGUUUAAAGUUUAAUCCAACGAAACAAGUUAUUGCAACUUAUAUAAGUUACUCUGGUUGGCACAAGGUUGCGCGUGAGUGUUUUAUUGUAUUGUUGGGGAAACCGGAGUGGCUGGAGAAAACACACUUGUCCGACUUGGUGACCACGAACCAUACUCACAUGCACCCAGGCCAGGAAAUCGAACUCUGGUCGCCUACAUUUUACUUUUAUUGGCUUGCCUGUUUUAUGAAGUAAUAACACUAUAAUUAGUUGGAGAUGUCGGUGUUGUAUUUAAAUAACCAUUAUGCCUCCUUAUAACUAUUAAAAGCGUUGGCAUUAAUUUUGCUUAUCAUUCUUUUUUUUUUUUUUAGAUCAUUCAGAUGAAAAAAAACUGUUGUACAUGUUUUUUUUUAAACUGCAAGCUGUCUAUAGAAUGCAGUCUCAUUUUAUAUGGUCAGAUAAGGAAAAGAUAUAUUUGUGUGUAAUGUGACCAAAAUGCUUGUUUUAAUGAUAAAACAUCGUCAAUCGGGAGCUGUAAUGGUAAUCAUCGUUUAAAGCAUUGUAAAUAUUAUUUUAUGUUAUAUUAUUUUUCUUUUACAUUGUUUGUGCUUUUUAAGUCUUCAGUAUUGGUAUGUAAUGGGCAUUAUAAUCACCACCCCUCUUAGAAGCAGAUUGUUUCAUAAUUAGCGAGAUAUUACAAUAUUUACAAUAGCAUUGAAGUUAUUGUAAAACACAGUCUUGAAAGUGGCUUGUAAAGAUUUUUAAAUUUUGCAUAAGGCCAUACCAAAUUUAUUUCUACGGUAUGUUGAGCAUCAGGUUUUAGUUUUAAAAUCUACCUACCUGGUAGGUAUGAAACGAAGCACCGUAGAAAACAACAACAAUAAAUGUAUUUGAUAGCAUUUGAUAACGAAAGCAUCAUUAUACAUUUACAGCUAAAAAAUUUAGAUGCUGAGGCCACAAUUGAAAAACAUUUGACCCACAGUUUGAUGGGUGGAUAGGUUAACAGGUUAUUUUACCAUGCAUUCAAAAAGUAAAACCAGCCGUGUUUACUUAACAUGUUUGUGGCCAGUGUUUGCUGUUUGGUUUCCUGCUUGCAGUGUAUUUGCUGAGUUCCAACAGGGAAACAAAUCAAAACAGUUUGCUUACGUUAGACAAUAAUUUACCAUACAAGGUCCCUAAGGUUGACAUAUUGUGACCAAACUUGGGAUGUAGGAAGAAUUUAUGGAGACCUUUUUUGGGGGAUUGCAUUUGGGGACCCUAGGGUCAAGGUCAAUGUCACCUACCGUAAAAUAGAAAAACGUGUGAAACUGAAUCUCACAACAUUUUUUCUGUCAAUCAUCGAAAAACCUGGUUUUGUGCAUUGUGGUGUUUCUUUUUCUCUUUCUUACCUCAAAAUUCCACAAUGAAAAUAAAAUUAAAGAAUUAAAAUAACCAAUGGGGAGGCAAAGUAAUAUUCCGGGUAGCUGGUAAGGCCGAACCAAACAAACUUUUAAUUUUGGCCUCAUGGUAUAAUUAAAAUAUAAACUACUAAUUGUGGCCUCAUGGUAUAAUUUAAAGAUAUAUUUUCAAACCGGCAUUAUUAUCUCCUAAUUAUUAUUUAGCUCUAUAAAAUCAUUUUCUUUGCAUAAUUAAGAGUUUAAAGAAAUGUUGUUUUUUAUUCUGGAUGCUGAAAACAUAACUGUUGGAUUAUGCAAAACAGUGAACCAAUUUUGCAAGCUGAUAGAUUUCAUUUUUUUUUAGAUGUAUCAAGAUAAAGCUAUUCAGUAUCUUUUCAAACAAUAAAUAUUUAACGAUAAUCAGAAGGUGUAACUACAGUUUAUAUUUUUAACAUUAUAAAGCUACUAUAAAUUGUAUGUAUUAUUUAGUGUAAAAUCUUGCAUGCUACUUUUGCAAUUUCCUAUAAAGCAUUUAAUUUUCAAAAAGACAUAUUUUAAACAAAUUUUUUAAGAUAUUUUUGAGUGAGUGCAGACUAUGACAAGCAUACAUAUUCUUAAAAGGCAAAAGCUAAGCUAAAAAGGGAGGUCAUAUUUUUCCAAAUUUAAAUUUCUUUCUUGAAAACAAAAAUAAAUCGAAUAAAACAUUGACUCAAUUUAUUUUAUAUAAAAAAAAUAAAAUAAAAUGCUGUUGACUGCAAAUUUGAUCAGUCGGCAUGGUCUGUAAUUGUCACACUUCAUUUUCUGAUCUAUUAUGUUUGAUCAACUUUUUUUGUUAAGUCCAUAAACUUGGUAUACACAUUGGUCAUGAUCAGAAGAUGGGGUCAAUAGGUCAAAGGUCAUGGUGACCAUCGUGACCUUUAAUGGAAAAUUGAUUGGCAUUCAUGAAAGGCCACACAUCCAAUUUGAGGAAUCCCAUUUUCUUAUUUAUCUUCUUUGUAUAUUAUUAUAUUUAUAACCUGAUUGAGGUGACAUUUCAGUGUAUCAAAUAAAUGCCUUGGUAUGUAAAGACAUAUUUAAGAUUUUUGUUUGUUUGCAUUGAUUUGGUUCUGUUUUAAAUUCAUUGUUAAUUUAUCCAUUUUACAUUUUAUCACUCUGACAGCAUAAUACAUAUGUAUCUUUUACUUAUAGACAUUUAUUUUGUUCGGAUGUUAUAGCGUCAUUUCUUCUUUGCUCUGGUUAUUGUAUAAUUGUGUUUAAGAAGGAGGCACUUGGAUCAAUUAAAGCUCAAAAUCUCAUGUAUUUUAUUAUUUAAAAGUCAAUUAUAAGCUUAUAUUUUGGUUUAUUAAGAAGUCAUGGUUUUGCGAAAGUCAUUGAGUCAUCAAUUUCAACACUGAUGUGCAAAUACCUUGGACAUAAUUACUCAAAAAAACAACAUUUCAACAAACUUCAGUGAAAAAACUUGUGAAUAUUUUGUUCAUUUUUUUUUCAUGGUGCUUUUUUCCAUCUAUGAUAAAUUGAAUGUUUUGUGUGAAGCAAGCAUACUUGAAUAUUAAGUUUGAUUUGUGAUGACCUGAUGACCUGUUUCUGUUACUGAUUGUUAAGAAUAUGUUUUAAUUGAUGCACAUGUAUUUGUUCUAUACAAGAAACAAUAAAUAA